GUCUAGAAAAGCGCGUUCAGUUCAAUUUUGACUUGUCACCGUUCAGCACCGAACGUUAUAGGUCGUUCGGUGAAACAUAAUUAGUGUUAUUGGCAGUGAUCAGUGUUUGCCCCUAAACGAAUACUGCAACUACGUAGUUAUAAGGUAAUUUAAAAAAUAAGGAUGAAGUGGUCAUUAACUGUAGCAGUAUGCCUUCUGAGCUUGCAUGGAUCCGAAGCUUGGGCUACCCAACGACAUCUGGAAGAAGACCAUGAGAACGAAAUUCCUUCUCGAAAAUUCCACCACAAGAAGGCCGGUCCACCAGAUCACAACAAAUUGGUUGAGAUGGCACGAUAUGUGAUGCACAACUGUGAUUGGGUGUCUAUAGCUACCAUAUCAACACAACCGGCUAUCUCGGGUUUUCCUUUCACAAAUGUUAAAUCCAUAGUGGAUGGCUCAAUGGCUAAUUCUACCGGCAUGCCGUACUUUUACAUGUCACCUUUGGACUUUACUGCACGCGAUUUAACGAAAAACACACGUGCAACAGUCCUCGUGUCCCUCGAAGAGACGCGAUACUGCGAAAGCCAAAAGUGGGACCCUGAGGACCCGCGCUGCACCAGACUCAUGCUGUCGGGCAAAAUGAAGAAGGUUAAAGAAGGCACCCCGGAAUACACUUUCGCUAAAGCUGCGUUGUUUGAAAGGCACCCAGCUAUGGCACAUUUUCCCCCUGAUCACAAUUGGUUCGUAGCUAAGAUGAAGAUAGCUCAAAUCGCAAUGGUGGACUGGUUCGGAGGUGCUAAAUAUGUCUCCGUAAAAGACUAUCUCGCGUACAACUACACCGGCGAGGAAGUAUUGCACUACUACAAUCGUUUGCACUUGUAAUACCAUCUUCAUUAUUAUUUGUAUAGUCGAGAACGUUUAUUUCCUACCCAUGGUGAAAUUUCAUUUGACGCCCACAAUUAGUUCAAAAACUUGUACACAGCAACAUACAUACCUGCUAAAUUAUAGCUCCUAUGGUGACAGAUGGCUGUACGAUAUUUGUCCUAAGUGGGAAGCAUAUUUAAUUCUUCAACUGUACCAUAGUAACAAUUGAACCUGUAUUGUAUCUUUUAUAACGGUGAUAUCAUAGGUACUAUUGUAGUGUUCCUUUUUAGUACUGUAAUGUAGUACGUACUAAAUUACAAAAAACAAAUUAAAUCUAAGGACAAUGUGGUAAAAGUUAGUUUUGCUAUUUUGUUUUGUACACAGACCGUUGGUUGUUUUCUGAGACCAAAAUCUAUAUCAAACAUGACAAUAUCAUUCCUGUCAUUAUUUUUGAUAAAACAGAGAUAACAAUAUUUUAUAAACGGGCAUUGUGGUCUCUGAAACCUACGACCAAAUGAAUGAUUAAAGUAAGGUGCGAACCCAUUAGAAAUAAACCAGGAGUCAUGGGUACAAUUAAACAAAAAUACGACAGUUCACGGGGAAAAAAGUGGAUAGAAAGAAAAAAAGAGGAUAGAAUAAAGAAAUGUCCGCCAAACACUUACUUCGUCAGAAGAAAAAAUCUAUUGUGAUAUUUUAUUCUAUCACAAAUAAAAAAAUAACGCAAUAAUGUUUUUACCUUAAGCAAUAAUUUAAAAUCGAAUAAUGUUGAUUCCAUUUAAAUAAGCGAAAAAAGACGAGUAUAGAGUAAUAGUCAAACCAUUUCUCUUACAUGGGUAAAGGUAUGAUCUUUG